AUCGGUUCAGCCUCCCGCCGCUCGACCUUUCACCCACUUUCUCUCUCACACCCACACACAGACAAACUCACUCAGCCGGUGUUUGUUGUUGACGGAGCGACGCUGGUGGGGAAGAGGAACAGUUAUCAAAACAUUACAGAGAGUUGGUGGCCCUUUUUGAUCUGGAGACAUAGUCGCCUGGAGGGAACCAGAAAUGUGGAUGAGUACAUUUUCCCGUCUCGCCCUGCCUGCCCUGCGGGGGAGCACGUCUGCCAUGGCGUGCCGGGCUCUAAGGGCUUGUUGUAGACCAGGGCGGGCUGCAGGUCCACUACCCUCUUCUCUGACUUCAAUGCAGCUUCGUGGGCAGCAGACACUGGGGUCUGCCUCCGACCCUCUGGCUCGCCACUCAGUGAGGACCGUCCAGGCUCUGGAUGAGAAGAGGAUGGUGGAGGUGGAGUGGGAGGAUGGAGGCAGCAGUCUGUACCCGUUCACCUGGCUGAGAGACAACUGCCAGUGUCCAACAUGUACCCUGGCGUCGGCUCAGGCACGGAAACUGUUGAUGGCUGAUCUUGAUAUCCAUACAGGAAUUGACACUGUGGAGGUCACCAAUGACAACAAGGUGUCCAUUGUGUGGCCCGACCAGCACGCCAGCGUCUUUGAUUCAGAGUGGCUGAAGAAACGCUGCUUCUCUGCUGCUGCCAGACAAGCAGUGCAAGAAGAGUUUUUCCUCAACAAGCGUUUUUAUUGGGACUCCAAACUGCACAUUCCCACGGGCGACUUCCAGGAAGUCCUCCAUGACGAUAAGGCUGCGCUGGCCUGGCUCAUGGCCCUGCGUCGCGUUGGCAUCGUCUACCUGACGGGGGCACAGGCAGAGAAAGGCCAAGUGGCCAGACUAGCUGAGAGGAUUGGCUAUCUCCGGUUGACAUACUACGGGCACACAUGGCAGGUGCAGGACAAACACAUGGCGAACAAUGUAGCCUACACUUCAGGAAGGCUCAGUGCCCAUACAGACUACCCUGCAUUGUACUUCACACCUGGAGUGCAGAUUCUGCACUGCAUCAACCAGGCCGAGGAGGGAGGGGAGAGCGAGGUGGUGGAUGGCUUCCACAUGGCCGAGGUGUUGCGGAGAGAAGACCCAGAGGCCUUCAGGACGCUCACCACGCUCCAAGCGGACUUCACCGACACGGGGUCGGACUACUGCGACUUCAUGCUGCAGUCCAAGAAAUGCAUCAUCGACAUUAACGCCGAGGGCUGUGUUACGAGCAUAAGCUUCAACAACGCCACCCGAGAUUCGGUGCUGGACCUCCCCCUCCAUCAAGUUCAGCCCUUCUACAGAGCGCUGAAGGCCUUCACGGACAUCGUGAACCGACCAGAGAACGUGGUCACCUACAAAAUGAUGCCAGGCGACGUAGUGAUCUUUGAUAACUGGCGUCUGAUGCACGGGCGGAAGAACUACGUCAGCAGGCCAGACAAGUUGCGACACCUGGAGGGCGCCUACCUGGACUGGGAUGAAGUCAUGUCUCGCCUCCGGAUACUCCGCAGCUCGGUCCACGGGAAUAUUUGAGCUCCGGAAACAGCCAAUCUUUUUUGUUGGGCAAAAACUGCAAGUUGAGCUAAAUGUUGCUCUCAACAGCUAAAUCUGACGCUGAGGAAGUCAAGCAUCAAAUCAUAAAUGAAACGACCUGAUGAAUUGCACAACGAUUUUAGAGUGAGGAUGCUUUACAAAAUCUGCAAAGUUUAAAUGAUGAAAGCAACUUUUCAAACAUGUGACAUAGUGCAACGCUUCAAUGCAAAGAUGAUGAAAAACACCUUGCUUUCAGAUUUUGAAGGUGCUGUUGGAUUCAGUCAUAGUGACUAGUGACAAAUACGUUUUAUAAGCUUAAAUUUAACUAAGUGGGUUUAUACAUUUUCCUAAGGACACCAAAUUCCAAUUGAUAUUGUGUAAUUUAUAAUUUUUUUAAUACAUAAUUCAUCAUUCCCAGUUCUGUGGUUAAAUAUGUGGCUGAAGACGGCUGCCUCAAAAUCACUCCAUAUUAAAGGGUCAGUUCAGGUGUUUUGAAGUGGGGUUGUAUGAGGUACUUAUCCAUAGUAGGUUUAUUACUUACAGUAGAUGACAGUCGUCACGCCCCCAGCUUGGAGAAACAGACAGAAGCGCUGGAGCAAAGCAAUACAGUGUUGUGGACAGGAACGGCAGAAAAACGUAUUUUAGCCACCUAGAAGAAAGACUUACCUAAAGAAUUGACAUCCGUUUAAGUGUACGCUAUAUUUAGAAUAUUCUCCAUCAGUGAACUGAACUGAGAGUGAAACAUAUCUAUACUGUUUUUGUCAUCUGAGCCUGCUGGCUUUGGAGAGAGCUUAGAAAGGUUUCACUUUCAGUUCAGUUCCCUGUCGGAAAGGAGAAGGAAAGGGUUAUCUGACGGCAAGAUAAAGCGGUGAAAAUACAACUCCACUUCAAAAUACCCGUACUAUCCCUUUAACUAACUUCUGAAUUUUUUGACAAUAAUUCUGAAAUUUCAACUUAUUGCACACUACAGUAAACUGUUGAGUGUCUAUUAUUGUAUAAAGAGAGUAGUGAACGAGGCAGUGAUUUCACACACACUCCCUUUGUAAUGUAAAACUUGUUCUUGCUACCUCUCCUGUUCAAUCAUGUGCCUACACAAAGGAUGUCCUUGACUUCCCCUUCAUUCUGUAGAGUUGCAGUCUGAAUUAAAAAGUGCCUUAAGCUACAGUACAGUAGUUGUACUAGAAGUGGCAGUGAGAAGUAUCUGCAGUUGUGAAUUUAAAAGGUCAGUUUAACCAACUGACAAAAAUGUGUACUUUCUACUUAACCUUAAUGGCACCUGGCCAAACAGAAAGUUUUGGUUUUAUGUGAUGAGGUUUUGAGAUACAGCCUACCGGCAUUUCCAGAUUUGAAAUUUUUUUGGACAAACAGAAGGAUUAAUCUGAAUCUUUAUAAAAUAAAUAAAACAUGUAAAAAAAAAUUGGGUUUAUCUGAAAAAUGUUUGUCAUUAAGCUGAAAACCAGUCUGUUUAUUUUAGGUAAGGAUUGAGAAACCACAUUAGAAAAACUCAACAGCAAUUUAUCUUUGAUGAUCUAUGAUGUCCUGGUUACUUGGAUAAUCCACAGAUCGCACUGUGGAACUACUUUUUUUUACCAAAGAAAUAGUUCCUGCCAAAACUUUUGACAGUUUUGUGGGUUAUUCAGAGCACACGUUAAAUGUCUUUCACCCCAGAAGUUUCAGACAAAGGUAUGCUGAGCAUACAAGAUCCCAAACUAUGUACACGGUUACCUGGGUUAGGUGAUAAAAUACUAUUUUGUAAUAUAAGUAAACUGAUCCUUCAAAUACCCAUAAACUGUUAUUAAACAGCACAAUGUGCUCAUGUUUCAAUACGG